UCAUUUGUCCGUGGUGGCAGCCAAUGCCACCGCCCCUCGCCAUGGCCACCGGCGCCGCCCAUCUGCACAUCUCGCCCCACCCUUUCAAUCAUCUGGGCUCCAGGGACGUUGCCCGACGCGAUCACGGCCCGAGGCUUCGGCACUGCUUCGACCGGAACACCGCGACGUACGACGGGAUCUCCUUCUUAGGGCCGGGAAUUUGCCGCCGGAGGGCGAUCCCACCGUUUCUUUGCCGAUCCUAUAGGUCCGAGAACAGAGGGGACGAGACCUCCUCCUCCGACUCACCCUCUCCCGAGGGCGAUGGCAGGACGGUCGUGGUGAAGGAUGAGAGCGAAUCGCGGCAGCUGAAGCGCAAGGGUCCUCUUUAUUCGCUUAAAUCGAUGCUCCUUAGACUUUCGGGUUCAGAUUCGGGACCCGUGGGGCAGAACAGGAAAUUGGUAGAGAAAGUGGAAGAAAUUUUCUUCUCGUUUGCAACACAACUAGGAAGAUAUCUUGUCACCAUGACGAGCACUGGAAUUAUUCUUGCAAUUGGAUUUCAAUUAUCAGGCGGGGACAGUCAAAUGAACACACUGAUUUGGUAUAGCUGGCUCGGUGGAAUUAUUAUUGGAACAAUGAUAGGCGCAAACAUGGUUUUAGAAGAACAUUGCAAAGCUGGACCGCGAAAUGUUGUUAUUACCGGAAGCACAAGGGGAUUAGGAAAAGCUCUUGCCCGUGAGUUUCUUCUAUCAGGAGACCGGGUUGUCAUUGCUUCUCGUAGCCCUGAAUCAGUUCAUCAGACAGUGGAAGAACUGAGGGAAAACCUAAAGGAUGGUUUGGCUGUUUCUAAAAACAAAGCCAGGACAAAUUUAUCUCAUGCAAUGGUUGUUGGUAUCGCUUGUGACGUUUGCAAACCAGAAGAUGUUAGAAAGCUGGCAAACUUUGCUGUAGAUGAAUUGGGUUCAGUGGACAUUUGGAUCAAUAAUGCUGGCACAAACAAAGGUUUCAGACCGUUGCUGCAGUUCACAGAUGAUGAUAUUGAUCAGAUUGUCUCAACAAACUUGGUUGGUUCUUUACUCUGUACGAGAGAAGCAAUUCAUAUCAUUGGGUCCCAAGACAAGGGGGGCCACAUAUUCAACAUGGAUGGGGCAGGUUCCGGUGGAUCAAGCACACCAUUGACAGCUGUCUAUGGGUCAACUAAGUGUGGCCUUAGACAACUCCAAGCCUCACUUCUGAAAGAAUGCAAGCGUUCCAAGGUUGGAGUCCACACAGCAUCCCCAGGAAUGGUUCUUACAGAAUUACUUUUAAGCGGUUCAUCAUUGAGAAACAAACAGAUGUUCAAUAUAAUUUGUGAGCUUCCAGAAACAGUGGCCAGAACUUUAGUGCCAAGGAUGCGAGUCGUCAAGGGAAGUGGAAAGGCAAUUAAUUACCUGACACCACCUCGAAUCUUACUUGCUUUGGUGACUGCUUGGCUUCGUCGAGGCCGAUGGUUCGAUGAGCAGGGAAGAGCAUUAUAUGCAGCCGAGGCUGACAGGAUCCGCAACUGGGCGGAGAGCCGUGCGCGCUUCUCUGUCACGGACGCUAUGGAGAUGUAUGCCGAGAACACAUGGGUCUCCGUCUUCUCACUAUCAGUGGUCUGUGCCUUUAUAAUCCUCUCCAGUUCCGGCAAUGCUUUUCACGGCACAUGAAUUAAGGGCAUGAAACCAAGUAUUCUUCCUACCUGAUGGUUAACUUUACCUUAGUAAACUACAAGAUGAUUUAGGCUUGGUAUAAGGCAAGCAUGGAGUUAUGAGUCAGGUGAGACACCAGACUGUGGAAGUUAUACUGCUCACCAUAUGACCUAACCAUGUAAAGAGCUUUGUUGUAAAUGCUUAGAUUGGUGAUUCACUGCACAUUUUAAAGCCAUCUCUUGCAGACGUUAUUUGUGACUAUAUUUCAAGGGAUGAUUAAUGCAAUGCACUCUGAUGUCUUAAGCUAAUAAAAAGUGCGGACUGCACAGUAUAUGCUUGUGAUAGGA